GCCUUACUCGUUUGGCUUAUUGGGAUCACUUACUUUAAUUAAGGUAGAUAUAGGAUCAAUGUUUUCUACAAUGUAGAAUUUGAUAACUUUACUUUUCUAUCAAAUGAUUAGUUUUCUAGAAGUCAGUACAGUAGGUAAGCUGCAUGUGUAUCCAAGGAUUUGAUUUUCAACAGAGUUCAAUUGAACUCGCGGUUCCCACAAAUCCCAUCAUAUUAAUUAGCCCUCAUCAUGCUAGACACAAUUGAUUCUACUCUUGGAACCAGUGCAGAUCAUGAUCAGCCUGCACUUCUGUGCACUCUGAUGCACUUUUCGCGGUUCAGUCAGUAUCUUUUUGUUCUAUACAGAUGGCAAACAAAGAUAUUGUAGAUACCAGCUUUGAAGAAGAAGGCUUUACUUUAGUCAAGAUACACAGUCAGGACAUAACAAUGCUACAGUGUGCAGAGGAAGACUUGUGCAGGGGUGACACUUCUUGUAGUACUAAUAGUUUGAAGACACUUAUGACAAAACAUACAGAAGAGGAACUCUUUAAAUGUGAUCUUUGUGAUUAUGCAUGCAAUUCUAUCUGUUAUCUGGAGACACACAUGGCAAUACACACAGGAGAGAAAUGUUUUAACUGUGAAGUUUGUGAUUUUGCAUGUAAUACAAGCGGUGAUAUGAAGAGACAUAUGGGAAUACAUACAGGAGAGAAACUUAAUUCAGGGAGUAAUCAAAGGACAGGUAUGAGAAAACAAACAGGAGAAAAGCAUUUCAAAUGUGAUAUUUGUGAUCGUGCAUUUGGCGACUUAUAUAAUCUGAAACAACACUUGAAAACACAUACUGGAGAGAAGCAAUUUAUAUGUAAUAUUUGUGGUUAUGCAUGUCAUAAAAGCAGUUAUUUGAAGACACAUAUGACAAGGCAUACAGGAGAGAAAAGUUUUAAAUGUGAUGUCUGUAAUUAUGCAUGUAAUACAAGUAGCAAUCUUACGAAACACAUGAGACAGCAUACAGGAGAUAAACAAUUCAAGUGUGAUGAAUGUUCUUAUGCAUGUUUUACUAGGAAUGAGUUAAAGAUACAUACGAGAGUACAUACAGGAGAGAAACCAUUUAAAUGUGAUGUUUGCGAUCGUGCAUUUAGUACGAGGAGCAAUUUGAAGAAGCAUAAUGCAAUACACACAGAAGAAAAAUGCUUUGAAUGUGAUGUUUGUGAUUAUGUAUGUAGAUCAAGCGGUUAUCUGAAGAUACAUAAGAAAAUACACACAGGAGACAAAUGUUUUAAAUGCGAUCUUUGUGAUUUUGCAUGUUACACAAGAAGUAACCUCAACACUCAUACAAAAAAGCAUACGGGUGAGAAAUGUUUUAAAUGCAUUGUUUGUGAUUCUGCAUUUGACACAGAAGGUUUUCUAAAUACACAUAUGAGAAAACAUACUGGAAAAUGUUUUAAAUGUGAUAUUUGUGAUUAUGCGUGUUUUAAAAGCUGUGACCUGAAGAGACAUAAAAUUAUACAUACAAGAGAGAAACCCUUCAAAUGCAAUGUUUGUGAUUUUGCAUGUAAUACAAGCAGUUACAUAAAAAUACAUAAGAAAAUGCAUACAGGUGACCAUGAGAAACGUUUUAAAUGUGUUAUUUGUGAUUAUGCAUGCUAUCAAAGCGGUACUUUGAAGUAUCAUAUGAGAACACACACACAAGAGAAACACUUUAAGUGUCAUAUUUGUGAUUAUGCAAGUAAUUUUAGUGAUGGUCUGAAAAAACAUAUGAGAACUCAUACAGGAGAGAAACCCUUUAAGUGUAAUGUUUGUGAUUAUGCGUGUAAUUCAAGCAGUUACCUGAAAACACAUAAGAGAAUACAUACAGGAGAGAAACGGUUUAAAUGUCACAUUUGUGAGUAUGCAUGUAAUGUAAGCAGGUCUUUGAAGCUACACAUGACUAAACAUACAGGAGAGAAACAAUUUAAAUGUGAUGUUUGUGAUUAUGCAAGUAAUAAUAGCUCUGUGAUGAAGAAACAUAUGUGGCGACAUAAAGGAGAAAAACCGUUUAAAUGCAACGUUUGUGAUUUUGCUUGUAAUUCGAGCGGCAAUCUGAAGAGACAUGUGAUUCAAAAGCAUACUGGAGAGAAACGAUAUAAAUGUGAUGUUUGUGAUUUUGCUUGUAAUUAUGGCCACUCUCUGAAGAAACAUGUCAGAACACAUUUAGAAGAGAAAUGCUUUAAAUGUGAACUUUGUGAUUAUGCAGGUAGUGCAAACAAUAACUUGAAGAAACAUAUGAGAACACAUACUGGAGAGAAAAACUACAAAUGUGAAGUUUGUAAAUUUGCAUGUAGUUCAAAUGGCAGCCUGAAGAAACAUGUUUUUCGGAAACAUAUACGAGAGAAACGCUAUAAAUGCAAUGCUUGCGAUUAUGUAUGCAAUUCAAAGAGCAGCUUGAAGACACAUGAUAUUCAAAAUCAUUCUGAAGAGAAACAUGUUAACAAUGAUGUGGAGGAUUCAGUUAUGAAAGAAUUGAUUUAAAUGUGAUGUUUUAGACUAUACAUUUUAUUAAAAUGUACUUUUAUUUGAUAAUAUGCAUUGCAAGUUUACCUGCAAACCUCAGAAAUUUUGAAAGCUCACAUGUUCAGGGGGUUAAAAUCGUGUGCUUGAUCAUCAGAUUAAAUGCAAUUUUAAGAGAAAUGUUUGCAGGAAAGUUCCUACACGUAAAUAAAUAUGAAUGUUCUCUCGACAAACCAUGUCAUUGAAAAAAAUGAAUUGUUUCAGAAAGGGAAAUUUAAAGUAAUGUAUAUAUUUACAAAUGUAUAUAAUUAUAUUUAAAGAUAUCCAAUAUCUAUCUUUCACUGAAAUAUUUUAUGUUUAGAUAUUUACUUCAAACGAGAAAAUCUUCAUCAAAUGUAUUUAACUUUAAUAAAUAUAAACUAUAUGUGGAUUUAGAGGGUUACAUUUACAACUAAAUGUCAUGCAAUAACAGUCCAUUGUUAAAAAGACUUCCAGAUUGGUAUUGGCAGUACACAUUAUACUGUGUCUUGCUAUAUAUGUAUUAAGUUGUACACAUUUAUACUAUGGCUUGCUAUAUAUGUAUUAAGUUGUACACAUUUAUACUAUGUCUUGCUAUAUAUGUAUUAAGUUGUACACAUUUAUACUAUGUCUAGCUAUAUAUGUAUUAAGUUGUACACAUUAAUACUAUGUAUUGCUAUAUAUGUGUUAAGUUGUACACAUUUAAACUAUGUCUUGCUAUAUAUGUUGUAUUAAGUGUGAACAUUUAAAAAGUAUUGGUAAUACACAUACACUUCUUAAUUUUAUGUUUAUUUGAGCUAAAUAUAGUAAUUGUUUAGAUUUUCAAAUAUGAAAUUGGAGUCUUUUAUAUCUUUAAGUAAAUGUGAUCUUUAAAUGCAACUUGUCAGAAAUUAUUCUUUUAAAACAGUUGCAGUCAGCCAUACUGCUGGUAUUCAUUUGUUACCUAAAUAUGUAUAUAUAUUUGGACAAAUGGGAUGGAAGGAAGGUGUUAAGUAAGGGAUACAUUUUGUAUACUGUAGCUGAAUUUUCCUCUUGCCAUUAGAUAAUGAAAUAAA